GGCAGUAAUAGUAGUAUUAAGAUCUCGGCAUCAUACAUCUGGUUAUGCCUUGACUUUGCAAGCACCCUCAAGUAGUUGACUGCUAUGCGUGAGCGCACCAGGAUAUAUCGUACACAAAACAGCACGAGUGGCAUGUUCGCUUGCCCUCGCCUGCAGACCUUCUGUCCCCUCACUUCAAUGAGCUUCGUUCAUAAUGCUCCGACGAAGUGCGACUCCUCGGAGAGAGCCUUGCUCUGCGUUUUGGCACUCAAUGGACAGGGAAUAUCGCCCUGCAGCUAUGUAUCUUAUGAGCUGCUUGAUACGAAAAGGCAGUGACAGACGGCGUCCUCACUAUUUGAGCAGACAAAGCAUGUUCACCCCUCAGUAGGCAAGUUGUCUCGUUGCGGUCGAGCUGC